GCUUCUCGUGAAUGAGCAAUGUGCACAUGAGCAGUAGGCCCAGCAAAGAUAACUUCCUGCAAAAUAGUGCUCCCUAACAACAGACAAAGCUUGACAGUGAGGAUUCAAUUAUAGACGCUUUAAUAAAAGCGUUUCUCGGUCACUCAAUGUUAUAUAAAUGUCGCUCCAGCCGUGGGGGAAAGGCCGGAUGAGCAAGCGGUGGACAAAAUGAGGGUCCGGACACGCUUUCCAGCUACAGAGAGUAGGCUGUGCGUGCAGACAUGUCGGGUCGCUCUGCUGCAGAGAUGGAUGACUCGCAGGAGCUGCCUGAGCUGCCGACAAAGAAGUCCAAGCUUGAAAUAGACGGUGGACUGGAGAAAGAGCCAAAUAAUUUAGGUGACGAUGGGAGCCCAGCUGCUGUGUUAGGUUCAUCAGAGCAGGGAAGCUCUUACUCUGCCCUGUCCACAGCCCAACUUGAUCCAGAUGAUCAAGAGCAGUCGGACGCAGACAGGGGGGCAGCACCUCAAGAGUGCGGUGACUCCAUGAACUCGUAUGCACAUCCUGCCACAGACACAACAGCCACAUCUGAAUACACCCAACAGGUUUAUCAAGGAAGCAACCCAGCUGUGACAUCUUACACCAGCCAGGUGGCCUUUCCUCCUCUGGCCCAGUCCACUGUGUACUCAGCCUUCCCCCAGACAGGCCAGACCUACGGCCUCCCGCCCUUUGGUGCUAUGUGGCCAGGUAUUAAAACAGAGACAGGGCUGCCUGAGGCACCCUCUGGUGGCCAGCCUGGGUUUCUCAGCUUCAGCACCGCAUAUACCUCAACCCAGCCAGGCCAUCUGCACUACUCAUACCCCAGCCAAGGCUCAAGCUUCACAACAUCCAGUGUGUAUUCUAGCAUCCCUUCAGCUACGGCUGCCACCACAACCUCCACCACAGUGGCCAACCAGGAAUUUAGCAGCUACAACUCUCUGGGACAGAGUCAGUUCUCUCAGUACUACGCUCUGCCUCCCAGCUACGUGCCUGCCGGGCUGCCCAGCAGCGAUGACCACGGUGUGGGAGUGGCCGGAUAUUCAGCUGUGAAGUCGGAGCAGGCCGCUUCAGCUGGACUUCCUCCCAGAGAUGCGUCCCCACCAGAGAACCUCCCUGCAGGUGCAGCCCUUCCUACCAGUGUGGCUCUCCCCGCUGGAGCCAGAGAUCAGGACGAGGUUGGACGCAGGAACUCUGUUGGCAAAGCCAAAGGGAAGGGCAAGAAGUCUGAUAACUCCCCACCUACUGAGAGUGACCUGGAGCGCAUUUUUCUGUGGGAUCUGGAUGAGACCAUUAUUAUAUUCCACUCACUGCUCACUGGCUCCUACGCGCAGAAGUUUGGCAAGGACCCAGCAACAGUGCUGAACCUGGGUUUGCAGAUGGAGGAGCUGAUCUUUGAGCUAGCAGACACUCACCUUUUCUUCAAUGACCUGGAGGAAUGUGAUCAAGUCCAUGUUGAGGAUGUUGCCUCUGAUGACAAUGGACAAGAACUGAGUAACUACAACUUCUUGACGGAUGGCUUUAAUGGUCCCAGUGGUGGAGGGGCAUCAGGAACCACCACGGGAGUCCAGGGAGGGGUGGAGUGGAUGCGGAAACUGGCCUUUCGCUACCGCCGGCUAAAAGAGAUCUACAAUAGCUAUAAGGGGAAUGUUGGAGGCCUGUUGAGUCCUAUGAAGAGGGAGCUGCUUCUACAGCUUCAGUCUGAGAUCGAGAACGUUACAGACGCAUGGCUCAGCACAGCACUCAAGUCUCUGCUGCUCAUCCAGUCCAGGGGGAAGUGUAUGAAUGUGUUGGUCACCACCACUCAGCUGGUUCCAGCUCUGGCAAAAGUGCUGCUCUACGGCCUGGGAGACGUCUUCCCCAUCGAGAACAUCUACAGUGCCACAAAAAUAGGGAAAGAGAGUUGCUUUGAGAGGAUCGUCUCCCGCUUUGGGAAGAAAGUGACUUAUGUGGUGAUAGGUGAUGGCCGAGAUGAGGAGUUUGCAGCAAAACAGCACAACAUGCCUUUCUGGCGGAUCUCCACCCACGGCGACCUUGUGUCCCUGCACCAAGCGCUGGAACUGGACUUCUUGUAAAGGAGGUGGCAUUGAAUGUCGCACACUAAAGGGAAACUGUAGUCGUUGUGCUGAUGGUUGUGGAGUGACAUUGUGCAAGAAAAUCCUCCACAACCCCAACGAUACACACUCUCAUAUUAGAAAUACCUACCCGCCCUCACUGAAGACUAAUGACUCACCGUGUGAUGUGUGAUGGUAAUGUACUGAGGCGGACUUUGGGUCGGAGCUGACUGUGAGAAACAGACUGGAUGCAUCAUUCGGCUGAAUUAAGGUUCCUCGCGCCCAGCACUCCUCCUCUACGGCAGCUAACCUCACCAUGGCUGAAACUGGCACUGAUUCGGACACAGAAGGGAAGACAUCCAUUUUUUCCUCCUCUUUAGUCUUUGGCCUUUAUCUCAUUUUCUUAGUAUCAAAGUCUCCUGCAGUGAAAACAGUCCCUCUACUUUUUCUUUCUCUUUCUGGAUUUAAACAACCAAAGGGCCAUUGUUGUGUAUUGGCAUUCUCUUCUGGAGUUGUUGUAGCUUUUUAUUUAGGCUUUGUAUAAUUGAAAAAAUUAUAUCAAAGCUAAUUUUCUGGGUUGUUUUGCACUCAUUCAAAGACUUUAAAGCAUCAUUUUGCAGUCUUGUUUGCAAAUCACCAAGUUGCUGACAGUCAUCAAGUAUCAAAUAAUCCCAUUCUUAUUUUUUAUUUGCCUCCCAUGUAGCCAUUCAACUAUUUAACAUAAGGUACUAAGGUUGUCCCAAUACCAGAAUUUUAAACUUUGAGACAAUACUAGCAUAAAAAAACAAUACUCGAUACCUCUUUCGAUACCACGGCAAAAAGAGGAAAAAAAAUAAACGGAGAUCGUAUCGUUUUAAACACAUGGUAUUGAAAAAGUUCUGAUACUUUUGACAACCUUAUAAGGUACUGUAUGCGGUAAAAAUGUAAAUUGGUCAUGACCUCCCCUCCUGACCUGACCAAAACACACCAUCAAUCAGCUGUCGUGACCUCUCCACUGUGUUGCAACAGCAGAUGCGUGGUCCUUUUUACUGUGUGUGUCCUCUGUGGUCAGUAAGCAUGUGCUGAGAAUCAGAGGCUCCGGUCAAACUUCUGACAAACCUGAAAUGGUCUGAGUCUGAAUGACUCAGUAAUAUGAAAGGCAGUAAGCAGAGCAGGGUGCACUGAACAUAAACCAAAUACGGAUCAAUUUCAGCAAUGACUCGAGAGUUGCACUUCACUUUCCUGCCCCGGUAGUAGACUAGAAUUAGUAAGGCAGUGCACAGGCUCUCGAGCAUAACAAUGAAAACAUUAGCUGUGUUCCAAAUCUAUACUACAUACUAAUUCUAUACAGUAUGUACUACAUAUUACUCGUCAUAGUAUACUAUUUUAACAGUUAGUAUUCAAAAAAAUCAACAUACUCAACUGCUUUAUACUAACAGGAAAUGACAAAAUACAUGCGAGGACGUGUGAAUGUCACUGCAAGUUACACUUCACAAAUGGAAAACACAAAUAAGUAUUCAAUUUUGCUUUCUAAGAUGUUUCGGGAGCUGUUUCGCCACCCACAACUUAUUUUUAAAAAAAUUCCAGCUGUGAGUCAGCUCCUUCAUUUUCUUUGUGUAUUGCAUUGUGGGAGAAUAGUGUCAACUCAAAAAAUUACCGUAUUUAGUCUUCAUACUAUCUGGUUUGAGUAUACUUCACUUUUAUAGUGUGAACACUAUACACUUAAAAACCUGCUUAGAGUUAGUAUGUAGUAUUGAUUUGGGACACGCCGCUCGUAUAUCCAAAUUUGGUGAAUUAUGAAGGAAGGAUUAAUGGUUCCUUUUUAUGAGUUGAGAAAAUGCUCCAUAAACCAUUUAAAAACCAGCUGAUUACCUGAAAAAUGCUUUGACACAAAGCUAAAAACAGGGCUGUUUAGCGCCACCAGCUGUUUAUCUCGAUGCGCUCAACUCCUAAUUUUCACAAAACAGUAGUGGAUGUAAAUGCACAUUAAUGCUCAUUUUCAUUUGCUGAUUUUUCUGGAAAUUUAGUUAAAAUUUGCGCUACGUUGUCUCAUAAUCCGUCCAUGCUCGCACCUCUCAGCCUCUGACUCAGCUAGUACAUAUGUAAGGAGGAUCAUAAUCACUUAAGAGAUUUAAUUUAAAAGUUUCCUGUUCUCUUAGUGAACUGCUAGACAGUUGUGGCAUCUCAUCACAAUGCUCAGUUUUAGUCUGCAGGACUGUUGAAUCGUGGGAGGAGAUCAAUAUACAUAAAGCAGUUGUACAAUUUGAUUUAAAAACAAGGGCAAAGAAAAUAGUGUGUUAGCCAGUAGAAUUACAUUUUAUUACUCUUACAUGUUGUCAUGUUGUAGCUACAAAAUCAGAAUUGCUUUUUUAAUCCGACUGAAUGUCAAAAUGGUCAUUUACCAAAAAGGAAAUUUCAUCAUUUUGUUUCCAAAGACAUUACAUGUUUUCUCAGUUGCUUCAAUUUUUCAAGUUAAAUUUGAUUUAGCUGACAGUUGUUGUAUUAGUUAAAACUGAAACAAUUAAUUAAUUAGUCGAUCAAAAGAAAUGUAAUCAGCAUUUAUUUUGUUAAUCGUUUGAAAGGAUUUGCUGUUUUUCUUUGGCUUAUAUGAUAGUAAACUGAAUAUCUUUUUGUUUCGGACUGUUGGUUGGUCAAAACAAGCUUUUUGAAGACUUCACUUUGGGGUCUAGGAAAUUGUGAGGAUCUUUUUUAUUUAUUUAUUUAUUAAUUUUACAUUUUUAUAGACCAGGUGAUUGAGAAAAUAAUCUGCAGAUUAAUCAGUGAUGAAAACAGUUGUUAGUUGCAGCCCUUAAUGUCAGAAAAUAGCUAAAAAUGCCAUCACAAUUACCCAGAUCCCACUGUGACGUCUAUAAAUUUCUUAUGUCAGAACAAGAGUCCAAAAAAUAUUAAAUUUACUAUCACAGAGGAAAAAGAAAACCAGCAAAUAUUCAUGUCAAAACAAGUGACUUUUUGGCACUUUUGCUUUAAAAAAUCUAACGAUUAAUCGAUUGUCAAAAUAGUUGCUGUCUCAUCGGUUAAUUAACUAAUUGUGUCAGCUCUAGUUAAAACUUUGAGAUUAUUUGUUGUGUCAAACAACUGCAACCUCAGAAUUACUUGUACAGCUUUGGAUGUUCAUCACUCAGCCACAUGACAACCCACAACCUUUCGAAGGCGCAUCGGAGGGGAGCACAACACACAGGACGAUGACUGUGCAAUACAUUUCUACUUUGCUCAUUAACUGUAUUUCAAAGGGAAUUUUCAUUUGUAGACAGUGAGAAAAGCAGGAGGGGGUCGACUUUCCCUGGUCUGUAUGAGAUUACGACUGAACAAUACUGAGCCUGAAGAAGAUUUCGUAUUUACACACAUGCAGCUUGACCGUUAAGAAUGUGUAUUUCUGUGUAAUUUGUGUGUCUUGCGUGACUGUGCAUAUUUAUAUUGUGCCUUUAACCAUCAUCUGUAUGCAUAAUCUCAAAGGGAAAUAUGUUAGAUUUUUGUUUGAUACAUUUAUCACUGCAUUGUUAUAUUAUCCAAAGUGUUAUCUUACUUUUUUUAACUCAAUACUUUUUUUAAGUGCUGUUGAGACUUUUUGUUUUGUUUUGUUACUAGACUUUUUUUGAUUUGAUUGUCCUGUCUGCACUGUAUUUGAAAAGUCUCCUAGAAAACUAUAUAUCCAUUUUUGGGAGAAAAUGUUCAUGUGGAAAAAAAAUUUUAAUGAAGGGCUUAAGAUGGCUGACAGUUACUUUGCGGAUAAGUUUUUCAAGAAUAGAUAUCUCAAUUUGGAGUGUCAAUACAUUCAUGUUCAUUAAUUUACUUGGGAAAAUCUAAUUUUCAACAAUAAUGUCUGCCUUGUGUUAAAUUUUUGCUUCCUUUUGAAAAGGAGAUUGCGUUUAUAUUGUUGCUGUGAAACGCUUAGCAUCACUUAGACAAUCACAAUCUAUAACACAAUGAAUGCAGAUCUGAUUACUCAAAGGCAGGUUUAACAAGGUGUGCUUUUGAUUGUUCAGUGUUGUACUGUCUAAGUGAGUUCAAGAGAAUUGGGCAUAUCUUAUCAGUCCUGACACACAUCUGAGAAAAUUGAGACCUUAUACAAUCUUGGCAUUUUUUUCUGCUUAUUGAAUGUGUUUUCUGUUUAUUUCUUUACCUUGUCUGCAUGUCAUGUCUGUUUUGAAUAUACCAUGGCUGUCAAAAAAAUGACCAUGUAAUGAUUAAGGGGC